AUGAUUAUCAUCCCUCUCCUGAUUCUCGGCUUUUUCUGUCUCCAGCUUGACCGCGGCAACAUCGCCAACGCCAUUACCGAUACCAUGCUCGAGGACAUCAACAUCAGCCAGUUCGAGUUCAACAUCGGCCAGCAGCUCCUCUCGCUGGGAAUCGUCCUCUUCGAGAUCCCCUCCAACAUGCUGCUCUACCGCGUCGGCCCCGGGAAAUGGCUCACCGCACAGCUAUUCCUGUUCGGCCUCGUUAGCACCUUCCAAGCCUGGCAAACAAGCUACACCGGCUACCUCAUCACCCGGUUCCUCCUGGGCGUCACCGAGUCCGGGUACAUCCCCGGCGGGCUGUGGACGCUGUCGACAUGGUACACGAAGCGCGAGACCGCGACGCGGGUCAUGCUCUUCUUCUUCGGCAACCAGCUGGGCCAGGCGUCCGCCAAGCUCAUCGCGUACGGCAUCCUGCACAUGCGCGGCGUCGCCGGGCGGCCGGGCUGGUUCUGGCUGUUCGUCAUUAUGGGGGCGUUCACGAUGGCCAGCGGCGUGGUGCUCGGCCUGUGCCUCCCCGACUCGUUCCGCAACCCGCACAGCGCGUUCCUGCCGCGCCGGCAGAUCUUCACAGAGAGGGAGGUGUAUAUCCUCCGCACGCGGGUGCACCUCGACGACCCAGACAAGGAGGGCGUGAAGGAGCAUAUCCCGCGGAGUGCGUUUGUGCAGGCGCUCAAGAAUUGGCGACUGUGGAUCCACGUCCUCAUCACGUUCGGCAAUAACGGCCCGUUUCGGGGCUUCGACACGUACGCACCAACCAUCAUCAAGAGCUUCGGCUUCGAGGGUCUACAGAGCAACGCCCUCGCCGCGGUCGGCUUGUUCCUGCAGAUCCCGGUCUCGUACCUCUUCAGUUGGGUAUCCGAUCGUUUCGACAAGCGCGGCGAGACCGUCACGGCAGCCCUGUCGCUGCACAUGCUCGGCUACAUCCUGAACCGCAUCUUCACCGAGCUGCCCAGCCGGCUGCGGGGCGUCAAGUACUUUGGCGUCGUCUGGACGCAGACCUUUGCCAACAUGCCGCACCCGCUCAACAUUGCGUGGAUGUCGCUCGCGUGCCGUAACCCAGAGGAGCGGUCGCUCGCGAUGGCCAUGAUUAUCAUGUCCGCCAACACAGCCGCCAUCUACGGCGCGCAGCUCUUCCAAGAGGACGACAAGCCGCUCUACCGCCGCGCAUUCGCCGUCAACAUCGGGCUCAUCGCCAUCGCCGUGGCCCUGGCGCUGUUCCGCUGGGGUUUUGACUCCCCUGCUGCCCUGCUGCCGCGCCGCCGCCGCCGCCGCUGA